GCCGCUUCCGCUUGACCUACAAAACAAUAUCUACGAGACUACGAUCCGGUCACCGUGAACGGGUUAAAUAGUUAAUAGGACGACAGAGGAACGAGCGAGAGAGAGGAUGGAGAAGGGAAAGGGAGUCGUGGCGCGAAGAUGGGCCAUAGAUUUUACUGACAAUUCAACCUCCCCUUCCUCUCGUGACAUUCCAGAUCCUCUUGGUUAUGCUCGAGCUUCUCAAGAUCAGGAUGAUUCGACUGUUAGUCGUCAAAAAAAGGACGCCGAAGCGAACUGGAAAGCGCAGAAAGCUUGGGAAGUGGCGCAAGCGCCUUUCAAGAAUCUUUUAAUGAUGGGCUUUAUGAUGUGGAUGGCUGGAAGCACAGUUCAUUUGUUUAGCAUCGGCAUCACUUUCUCAGCUCUUUGGCAGCCCAUAAACGCCCUCCAAGGUGUUGGAAAGGGUGGGCCACAAUACUAGUGCUACUUUACUUUA